CUACAUAUGUUUGGUCCGUUUUUAGAAGUGCUUUUCGGCUUCAAAAAUUGAAGCACCGAAAAACACCUCUAAAAGCUCAGCUUUUGAAAAACCGAAAAACACUUUUGUAUAACAUAAAUGAUCUCCGAGAACAAAGAUGAAAUGAGGGAAGUAGCUAGAUUACCACUAUGUUUGGUAAGUACGGGUGCAAAUUUGAGAUGUAUAACUUGAAGUGUGAAUUUUAAGGAGUAUAAGUUAAGGGGUAAAUUGCUAUUUAAAAAUGAAGGGUAUGUAGCAAAUGUAGUAUAAAAUAUGUUAAUAAAAAAAAUAUAAUUAUUUAAUAUUUUACUUUCUCUUAUAUGUUCCUCUUUCACGUUAAUUGACAAAUUUCCAUCUUCCACUCCCACUCACUAUUUUCAUUCCUUCUCAUCCCUCCUCUUUCCAAUCCUUCCCAAAUACCAGCAACGUGCGCGCCUUAUAAUCUCACUCUAUUCCAUUCAGAAAGGAUGAAUUUUACAAUGCUAUAUAGUAUUGGUGCUAUAGGUUUUUGUCUUUAUAGUACAACUUGAAAUUGUACAUUUAAUGUUAUGGUACAACUUUAGAUUAUACUUAUACUGUUUGUACAAAUUCUUUUAUGGUACAACUUGAACUUGUACCUUUAAGUGAUGGAACAACUUCAAGUUGUAAAGUUAUACCAUAACAUAAUGGUACAAAUUCUUUUAUGGUACAAUCUAAACUUAUACAUUUCAUGUUAUGGUACAACUUUAAGUUGUACAUUACAGCACCAAUACUAUAUAGCAUAGUAGAAAUGUUCUUCAGAAAGCUACUUGUUGUUCGGAUCUAAAUUAGGGGUGGAGUCAUUGAGGUAACGCAUGUAAAUGGAGAUUGGUGACUCUGCGACCGCGUGGACUGCCGGAAGUGGCGGUAACGGAGACAUAGGAAUGGGAGGACGGAGUAGACAGAGGGAUUAAUUGAAGGGCUAGGGAACAAUCGUCAAGAUUAAACAAUGUAGAACCAAAUAUCUUCUAGAUCCCAGGCAACCCGGCUUGCAGUGUCAGGUUUUUCUGCUACUUUGUCGCCGACAAAUUCUUACUCCAUUUAUUCUCUUGCGUAGGCUUCUGAAGAACCGAAGUCUUUUUACUAUUGUUCUUGGUCUUGAUUUGCCCGUUGCAGGAGAUUUUUGAGGAACCCUCAACAGGAAAAUCGUGUCGAAGAUCUUCUUCCUAUGUUUCUUCUCCUUUGCUGUUGCUUGAACUGCAAAAAAGAUGAGGUUUAGGAACGAUAAAUGUCGUCCUCGAAAAUAGGGUCAAUCUUCCCAAUAGUUUUCAGGUAGAAGGUUGCUUCCUCUAUGUGAAGGCAAAGAACAUAUAGAAGAUAGUUUUUUUUUUGGCUUAUAAGCAACCAUGUCUAUAUAAUAAUCAAGUUUUGCUUACCAAAGUGGUAUUGUUAAAAAUAAGUAAGCAAUCAAUUUCAUUCAAAGUGAAAUGACUUUUCACUAUUCUUUUAUGAGAAUAGAGCAGCCUGCACCUCUCAAUGAUUACCCCAUCUGCUAACCCUUUUCGUCUUCGUUUAGUAGCUAACUCAAGAUGACCGUUAUGUACAAGCCGAAAAAAGGGUAUCCAUAGAUACCAACCCAACUACCACUACUAGGGGAUUCCUUCUACUUUUAUAUUAUUUCUCUUCGAUUCAAACGUCACAACUAAGAGAAAAGAAAAAAAUUAUUCUUAUGUAAUUUUAUUUUCUUUCCCUGUCUGUAUUUUUUUGUCCUAUUUAUAAGUUGUACUUGGAUUGAGAAGAGAGAGUAAGAGCAAAAUGAAUUUUUAUUUUUUCUAGUUCUUCUAAUCGACUUUUAUCUUCUUCUUUCUAACUUUGAUAGCAAAAAUUUUGCACAAAUGGAACAAAGUUCAUUAUGAUCUAAAAGAUGAGAUUCAUUUUCAAUAUAUUUCGAGAACAAAAAUUUCAUACCACUCUUCACCACCCUAGUACCACCUCGUAUCACCUUUUUUUAACUCGAAUUAAAAAAAAAAUCCCAGAAGGAAAGAGUUCGUCGUAAUAUAUUGGAUCUACAAAUUUCUGGGGAAAGAAAAGCAGGACCAAAUAUAUCACGCUAUACACCCAUGGUACCACCUUCGUUUUUAACUUGAAUUUUAAAAAAAUUUACCUCGAGGAAAGAAUUCAUUGUGAUUUAUUAGAUCUACAAAUUUAUGGGGAAUAUAAUUUUAGGACCAAAUAUAGCAUCAUGUACUACCCUGGUACAAGGUGGUAACUAGUGGUAGCGGAUGAUGAAAUGUGGUAAAUGACAGUCAAUACAUUCCUAAUAUUAUGUAUACAACUGUAGACACCAUAUUUUGUCCGGGUCUUAAACAUAUAAUCACAUUUGAAUCGUGAAGACUAGCUGAAGUCCAAGUUUUGUAAGAGAUGAAGCAAUUGAGUUCAACGACGAGGAAAAGCAUGAGAAAGUAUCAUUGAAGAGUUUGAAGUUUCAAGCACAUUUGUCACUACAAAAGACAUAAUUCAACUACACAACUGCAAUCUAAUACAAUCGUUUGCUUGUUGGAUUUGAAAAUGAGGGUUUUAGGGCUUGUUUGUUUGAUUGAUUUGGUGAUGAAUUUGGUUUCAUGAAGGACUUUAUCCAAAACUUAUUGUUUGCUUCAAGUACUUUGGCCUCGUUUGUUUAAUGGAUUUCAUCAUGGAUUUGAUACAUAAAAACCAAUCAUCAUGGACGUUAUACACAAUCCAUAAUUUGCUUGAUGUAUUUAGAAGGAAUAAAUCCGUGGGACCCACGGGUUUUGAGAGUGCAAAUCCGUUAAUCUCACGGACUUGGAAAUUCCAUCUCAAAGGGUGGGAUUUGUGUGGGUGUCUCAAGUUCAUGAUGCUUUUUACUAUUUUAUCCUCAAAUUUUUUUUUUGUUUAUGCUAACUUUGUCCUCUGUCAUUUAUUUUUAUCUCGGCUAAUUAUAUAUAUGUAACAAACUUGUAGGUUGAUCAUGCUCCCCUCUCUCUCUCUCUCUCUCUGUAUCCUUAUUGUUGGGUUUCUCUUUUUCUGGUUCUAAUCAUCAUUCCUUCCCCAUCGAUUGUGAGUACGAGAAGAAGAGGGGACUAGGUCGAGGCUGGUUGGGAGAAGAGAGUGAGACACGGAAGAAGGGACCGAGAAGAGGGGAUAUAACGUUGGGAUGAUGUUGUUUUGUUUCUAACAAUAAAUAAGGGUUAGGAUAGAUAAGUAAAUUCAUAAUAUAACCACAAAUAUAAUUCAGUAAAAUCCAUCAUGAAAUCCAUCAAGUAAACAAUAGUUUUAUCCAAAAACCAAAUUUACCAAUUCUAUCAUAAAUUCUUGGUUCCCGAUUUGGACCAAAACCUUUAUUUAUCAAAUCCGUAAAGCAAACGAGCACUUAGUUACUUGCGUUUGAUCUACUAGUUAAGUCAUAUAACAGUAUUUAUUAAGACUAUUUGCUUUAGGUGAAGUAGCUCAAUCACCUAUGAUAUUAUUUUUGUUCCCCCCUUUUGCGAAAAAACGUGGCAAAUACCAAACACCAUAAACACAAAGAAAUUAAAGAUCCAUCAAUCCAUAUAAGUCCAUAACAACCAAGCUAGCAAAACAGAACCCUUCAAAAUAGAGCUUAGAAAAAUACUAUAACAAAACCCAUUCAGUAGAGUACCACAAGAAAAAAGUCAAGACUUCAAGUACUUAACUAGAUCCAAGGUAGAGUUCGUCAUGGAAGCAUUCCAGAAGAAGCUAAGCUAUUAAAGGGAAGAUAAUCGGGUUUGACGAAAAGCUAGCUGAGUUCGAUGAGAUGAAGGAUCAACUAAACAUGAUAGUGAAAAUUUGGUCGGCCAAAGGGAAAGAGGCAGUAUCAAAUGACGAAGAAACACAUUCAAAAAAUGAUAAUCACUUUGGUUCUCCAAAGGGUGAAGGUUCCGACGUCAAGAUCCUCAUUGUACCCCCAAAAGAUGAACAUGACAAGAACAAUGUGGGACCACUAAAAUACGUUAAUGUGAAAAAGGAAGAUAAAUUGGAAAGAGCUCAGAUCGAAACACUGUUAAGAGAGAAAUGAGAGCCAUUGAAAGAGUAGAAUCCUAUGGAUCCACUGAUGCCACACAGAUGUGUAUAGUGCCAGAAGUUAUAAUUCUCCACAAAUUUAAAGUGCCAGAGUUUGAAAAGUAUGACGGUACUACGUGCCCCAAAAACCAUAUGAUCAUGUAUUACAACAAAAUGGCUAACCACAUCAGAGAUAACAAGCUCAUGAUACACUACUUCGAGAAUAGCCUAAGUGGUUCGACGCUAAGAUGGUAAAUGCAAUUCGAAAGGUCAAAGGUGAAAAGGUGGCAAGAUCUCCCUGAUGCUUAACACACAACAGGCAUAACCAAGAUAUGGCUCUCGAUGAAGAAGAUCUACGUAAUAUGGAAAAAUAAGAGCAGGAAUCUUUCUGUGAGUACGCACAAAGGUGGCGAGGAAAGGCCACAGAUGUUUAACCCCAAUUGUCCAAAAAAAAAAAUGCUUUAAACCGUUUCUGAAACACAGAAACCUUCAUAUUAGAAAAACAUGAUAGGAAUCACCAGAAAAAAAUUUGAAAAUUUGUAAGCAAUUGGAAAGAGAAUAGAGAAAGGGAUUAAGAAAGGCAUGAUGGAGAAUUUAGAAGUCUCAAAGAUCGCUAGUCAAUCUUGAAAAUAAGAGGGGGAUCACUCGAGUCAAGGGGACACGUCAAAAGGGAGACGAUGGAAUUACCAACCUUAAGGUGAUCAGAGUUACCCAUAUGUUCAAAACACUACAUCGAUCAUCCCACAACCAAAUUUUGUCACUCAUCAAGCAGUACAUGCACCACCAUCUGCAACCCACGAGCUAAUAAUCAGGACUCAAACAAUAAUGGGAGAUACAAAAAAGACAUUUGAAUAGAUCCUAUCUCCAACACAUAUACAGAGCUGUUCCUCCAGUUGCUCCAAGAUCACUUAAUUUCCCCAAUACCUUGUCGUCUAAUGCAACCUUCAUUCCAAAGAUGGUACAAACCAGGCAAACAUUGUGACGAACACUCCGGAGCGGCAGGACACUCAACCGAGCAUUGCAAAUGGUUAAAAAGCAAGGUCCAACAAAUGGUAGAAGCCAGAUGGAUGGAAUUUGAGGAAAUACCAAGCUCUCCAGACAUCAACAACAAUCCUCUACCCAGUCAUGACAAUUAGUAUGCACACCCCGAAACAAUGCUCGAUUCAAGAAUCAUGUGGAUUUUAGAGAAUAAAUAAAUAUCGAGAUAGUUUGCCAUGUUAUAGAUGUACUACCUUUUGCUUUCAUCACAAGAAAUUAAAAGAUCAAUCAAUUUUACACCUACUUGGGAAUGCGAUGUUCCACGGGAUGGUUGCAACAACAACCAAUCUACACUACGGUAUAUUCAUAUCACUAAAGUACACUUUCAUAUCACGUGGUAUAAUCUUAUGUACAUACCACGUGGUACCAAAUGGUAUGGACUGGUAUAAUUUUAUUCCAAAAUAUUUCAACGUGGAUGUCAUUAUGAAGAAUAUUAUUAAUCUGAUUUUUCUUUGUAUAAUUUUUUAAUUUUGACUUAAAUUGAAACCGAAAUAGCCCAUUGGAACAAAAUCUCAUACCAUGGCAGGCUGAAGGUGAGUUGAUUUCAGAUGGUUCCUCUUGUAUCAAAUCAUCAUUGGGAAUAUUAUUUAUCCUACUCGUACGAGGCAAGAUAUUUUAUAUGUCAUGCAAGUGGUGAGCCUGUUCAUGUCAACUUCUCGAACAUAUCAUUGGUCUAUUGUUCAGCGAAUCCCAUGAUAUCUAUGAAGAACUCAAAUUGUAGGCCUACUUUUCCCGACAAGAAGAAAUUUGAUUAUUGAGGCUUAUGCAGAUGCUGAUUAUGAUGAUUUUCUUUAUACUCGACACUCUAAUUCAUCUCUUGGCGGUGCAAAAAGAGAGAUCAAGUAUCUAAGUCAACAAAGGAGGCAAAGUAGAAAUCAAUAGUGGUGUCCCUUCUAAUAUUGUGAGGCUACGAAGUUUGUUGGCUGAGUUGGAUAUUCAAUGUCAAGUUUAGGUUUUCUUGUAUGAUGAGUGCUGAAAAUGCAAAUGUUACUCGAAUCGACAAAAACCCAUACACUAAGAUUGGGCUAAUCAUAUUGAAGUGCACAUACACUAUGUUCGCCAUACUAUGGCAGAAUGUGUUGUGGAACUCACACACAUGACUUUUAAGGAUCAAACGACUGACCUAUUAACCAAGACACUUGAUUCUACACAAUUUAAUGGUUUCUAGCACACAAAUUGAUAUUUUGUCAUCACUAUCGAUUUGAGUGAGGGUGCUAGAAGUACGAGUAUCGAAUUGUAAUUAACCUUGUAUCAGCUUAUUAAUUACUUAAUGACGCGAAGUUGGGUGCUAGGGUUUCAGUCAACUAUAAAAUAUAUGGAAAAUAGCCGACCUGUAAAUAGUUUGUGUACGUGAAGUAAGAUUGAUCUCGACAAUUGUAUCGUGUACUAAAUCUUGUGUUAUUAUCAGAUACACUAGCAUGACAAAACACAACAUCAACAACACUUGGCAUGCAUAAUGAGCUUAAUGUUGAAAUAUCCACUUGUUCCUUCCUUACUAAAUGGCAGGGAUGGAGCCAACUUGUACUUAGGGGGUCCAUGGCCCCUCUAAACGUUUAAAAUAAGUAAAAUCCUAUGUAAAUAACACACUAAGAGUGCGGUGGCGUGGUGGUAUGAAGUCUUAGCUAAUAUCAUAAGCCAGAAGAAGGUUUCUAGUUUGGACCCUGCCUACAUAUUAUUUAGUGUCUCACUUUCACUUUUAUGAACUAUAAAUUUCAUUUAGUGACUAUGACUUCCACGCCUAAAUUCGGAAUAACAUCUUUAAACUUUAGAAUAUAAAAUGUAUUAGUGUUUGAUGGUUAUGGGACAUAACUGAUAUUAGAUGUGGCAGAGAGUUAAGUUUAUUUUAGUUCAUAACAAUUUUUCCUGCAUUCUUUAGUCUUUUUUAUCGAUUUCUCUACCAGUGUCUUCGUAUUACUUAGAAAACAUAUAUCAUCUUCAUGUAUAUAUAUGGUUAAAUCUCGACUACCUUAUUUUACUAUUGCAUCGUAUUCAGAAUUUUGAAUUAUGAAAUUGGUAAAUAUAAGAUAUAUGAAACAUAUGGUUCCUUUAUCGUGAUUUUAGAAGAGAUAAGUCAUUACAUUUUUAAUUUUGGCACAACUUUAAGGGCAUAUAUUACAAAAUUUGUGAACUCUUUGUAUGUAAUAAAGAAUAACCAAGUGA